AAUUGAUGCUUAUAUGCCGCGUUAGUAUCUCUCUCUCUCUACAUUUCAAGCCAUUCAUUGACAUUGUAUACGAAAUAAAAAGCAAACUGACUAUUUUUCUCAAACAAUCAAAGUCAUUGUGUAGCGUUCCAGUGUUGAAAAUAAGUAUUAUUCGUAAAAAUUCUGCAGUAGCCCGUUCAAAAGUUCCAAUUAAAUUACCAUGUUGGACGAAGCUGAAUACGCAAGUGACACUGAUGAAAGUGACGACGACUACAAACCAGGUGUUGAUGGUUCGGAUGUAAGUGAGGUGGACUCAGACGGUGAACCAGAAAACGAUGUUGAAAAUCAACCAAAAGGGAAAAAACGUUCGGCGAAUGUAGAAGAAUCUUCGGUGGCUACAAAAAGAAAUAAACGCAUCGAAGAAGAGAUAAAAAGUACGGAAAAAGAUGAGCUUGAUGAUGACGAUGACGAUGAGAAUGAAGACGCGCUAUGGGCGAGUUUUUUGGGCAAUACCGGACAAAAAUCGGUCGUCAAAAGUGAAAAUAAAAAAUCGACUGAGCCAAGUAAACAGGUGACAUCCACUUCGAACGGCAAUUCCACACAGGCAAUAAAAAAAAUACCAAAACCACCAGUUCGGACCGAACAAAAAAAGGUGGUGACGGAAAUUUUUGAAUUUGCCGGCGAAAAAGUUGAAAUAAAAAAAAAAGUGAAGGUUACAGAUGAAAAACCAGUCGCUGACACAACGGCUGAUUCAAAGAAAGUAGCCGCGAAACCAGGACCGUCAUUACCAUUUGGCCGAUCUCGGGGUAGUGGCGGCGGUGGUGCUGGUGGCAGCAGCGGACUCUCAUCACUCUUGGGACAAAUUGGAAAAAAGAAUAAACUUAGUGUGUUAGAAAAGUCGAAAUUAGACUGGAAUGGCUUCAAACAAACAGAAGGCAUAGACGAAGAAUUGCAAACACAUAAUAAAGGACGUGAUGGCUAUUUGGAGCGACAAGAUUUUCUACAGCGCACCGAUCUGCGACAAUUUGAAAUUGAGAAAAACUUGCGAGCCGUAACUCGCAAAAAAUUAUAAAUUCACAGUUUAUUUUAAGAAUUUGAUUUGAUUCCGAUUUAUUUUCAUCUUUAAACACCAAUAGAAACAGUAUUUUUUCAUGGACACACACACUCAGUACAGGAUUUUUCUCUCUCUUCUAUUGGAAACAUAUUCUGACUUACAAUAUAUUUAAAGAAAAAAAUAAAUCAAAUAAAUGGUAUCCAAUUGUUUAUUUUAAGGAA